AGUCACUGAUCUUUCCUAAAGUCAAGUUCUGUUCUAGUGGAAAGCUCGCCAAACAAAGAGGAAUUACGAAAGAACGAUUUUUGAAAUCUUCAGGAAAGGAAAGACUCAAAACUUUUAACGCCAGCGGCUGGGACCAAAUCAUCGUCCCGUGUGUCCGAGAGGUCGCUAAGAGGCUCAUGGAGAGGAAGAAACAGAGUGUGAAGAAGAAGAAUAGAAUACCCAGGGAAGGGAGGAACAGUUCCGUUGAGAAGAGGCAGAGUGAUGUCACUCGGGACUAUGACUCCUUAAUGACCGAGUUAGAGCCACUCCAUGCCGAGCUUCAGAGCCUGAAAGACACCAAGGAGCAGAAGGCCAGGAUCGAAGAAUCUGAGCAAGCUGCGCUGAAAGCCUGGGAAGAUACUAAGAAGGCAGUCGCUGAAAUCUUCUGGAAAAUGGAAAUGAUUUUAAUUAGACCAGUCUGUACGGCCUUUGAUGACGUAGUAGAAAGAAGCACUUGGUUGUGGUACAGGUCGUUCUGUCUUGAAUCUGCAGGAGAACUAAAUCAUGCCGACUUAUGGUCAGCAAUGUACCGGUCAAAUUUAUUGUAUCGACCCAUUUUGCUCGCUUGUUCCCGGGCUGAUCAACUUCCUUUUGGCUGUCGUAGAGGGCUCGCUCCCUCCGCAACUAAAGAAUGCUCUGCCAUUUCUUAGUUUCCGGGAAACCGAAAGCUUAACAACUUUCUUUUUAGGAUUAACUAAACCUACCUUUCGACAUCGCUCGAAGGUCUAGUAUCAUCGAUUAUAUUAUUAUAGAUAGUAGCCGUCUAAUCAACUAAUUUCACAGCA